UCCUGAUCAAAGCAAAAUCAGAUUUGUAUUUUGCUUUAUUGCCUAAGGGCCAAUCCCUUCAUUUUGCCCAAGAAGAUUCCUUUUCAGGCGACUGAAAAUUCCUAAGAAAGCCAAGUCAAAAGGGGAGAGAAGUGAUGGGAGCCGUUCAGUCAUCUCCACUAGCUCUCACCACGGCUGACGCAUGCUUUAUCCCCGUGGCGUCCGCUCUUCUUCCUCCUCGCGCUUCGUCCCACGUAGCCAAACCCAGAUCGAACUCUUUCCUUUCGGGCCGGAUUCGGAGAGUUGAUGAGAUCCUAGAGCCGCCCGUUUCGAAAUUCACGAGCCCCGUCGCCCAAAAUCCGAUCUUUCCGCGGUGUCUGCCUUUGAAGUGCGUGAGGUCCGAGAUGGAGGCCAAGAACGAUGAGGCCGCGGGAAAACCCACGUCGGGUUUCGUCGAAAUUGAUCAGGGUUUGAUUGAUCAGAUGGUUUAUGAUGCUCUGGUUUGGAGUUCUCUUCAUGGGCUCGUCGUCGGCGACAGGAAUGUUAACAGAUCAGGAAAAGUACCUGGUGUCGGUCUGACGCAUGCUCCGUUUGCUUUGUUGCCCAUCUCAUUCCCGGAGAGUCAGUUUAGAGAGGCUUGCGAAUUAGCUCCUAUUUUCAAUGAGCUUGUCGAUCGUGUGAGUUUGGAUGGAAAGUUUUUACAAGAUUCAUUAUCCAGAACAAAAAAGGUGGAUGCUUUCACCUCUCGACUCUUAGAUAUUCAUUCCAAGAUGAUGGAAAUUAAUAAAAAAGAUGAGAUACGACUGGGUUUGCAUCGAUCGGAUUAUAUGCUUGAUGAACAAACAAAGUUACUGCUUCAGAUAGAACUGAACACCAUAUCAUCCUCAUUUUCGGGUCUUGGCUGUCUUGUUAGUGAGCUCCACAGGUCCUUGCUCAGCCAUUAUGGUGAAACUCUUGGGUUAGAUCCCAGGAGGAUCCCUACCAAUGCUGCUGUGAGUCAUUAUGCAGAGGCCUUGGCCAAAGCUUGGAUUGAGUUCAAUAACCUGAAGGCCACUGUUCUGGUUGUGGUUCAGACAGAGGAACGAAAUAUGUAUGACCAGCACUGGCUUAGCUCUGUCUUGAGGGAAAGACAUAAUGUGAGGUCUAUUCGGAAGACCUUAGCAGAAAUUGAUGCAGAGGGGGAACUUCAGCCUGAUGGGACGUUACUUGUAGGUGGAGUCCCUGUAGCAGUUAUUUAUUUUAGAGCUGGGUAUACCCCAAAUGAUUAUCCUUCAGAAUCGGAAUGGAGAGCAAGGCUACUUAUGGAAGAGUCAUCUGCAAUUAAGUGCCCGUCAAUAUCUUAUCAUUUAGCCGACAAAAAGAUUCAGCAAGAACUUGCAAAACCUAAUGUACUUGAAAGAUUCCUUGAGAACAAAGAAGACAUUGCCAAGAUCCGGAAAUGCUUUGCAGGUUUAUGGAGCCUAGAAGACCCUCAUAUUGUUGGUAAAGCAAUUGAAAGUCCCGAGCUAUUUGUCAUGAAACCCCAGAGGGAAGGGGGAGGGAACAACAUCUAUGGCGACGAUGUGAGAGAAACCCUAUUAAGGCUGCAACGUGAAGGAAGUGAGGAGAAUGCUGCCUAUAUCCUUAUGCAAAGAAUUUUUCCAUCCAUUUCUCCCACAACUCUCAUUCGUGAUGGCAUUUGUUAUAAAGAUCACGCCAUGUCAGAACUUGGGGUAUAUAGUGCUUAUUUGAGGAACAAAGAGAAUGUCAUCGUAAAUGAACAGUGUGGUUAUUUAAUGAGAACAAAGAUAUCGUCAUCAAAUGAAGGUGGAGUCGCUUCUGGAUUUGCAGUUCUGGAUAGCUUAUAUUUGACUUGAGAAUUGAGGCGCUUGGAUUUCAGCUCUAUUCUCUUGUUGGACUCCUCAUUCUGAUAUCUAACGGGGAUUGAUGCAUGCUCACAAGACCUCUGAACAAGUUCUGACACCCCAUUGGAUUUGGAAACUUUGCGAGUCGAUAAAGUUAAAUUCCAAUUGAAGAUUUUUGAAUCGAGGAAGAAAUCGAGGGGAUUAAGUGGAUUGAACGUCUUCCAGUUUGUUGGCAAAAGUCGGUGCAGGUCAUUGAAGACAAUGCGUUACAUCUGAUCUAAUGUAUUUUCAUUUGACAUUACAUAAUGAUCUGAAAAGUUCUCAGUGCGAUGUUGAUUUGUUAACUUUGAGUGGUGGCAAUUCCAAGUUAUUUUGAAUUUUCUCUGAA